GCAGAAACUAGGAAAUUAGGAUUACUGUCUGCGAAAUUUACAAUGUGGCACUGUCACCAGGUGCUAACCAAAAAACCAUGUCCAUUUGUCAAAAUUUCAGUCAAAAUUAAUCAUCAUCCAUCCAUUUCGACCUAAGAAAUCGUACUAAAUUCUCAGUAUAAAAACUACCAUGAUAUCGAACAGAUAAAGCUCAUAUCAUGCCUAAAAGGGAAAUCGUUCAGAUUCACAUUGGCCAAGCUGGAGUACAGAUUGCAAAUGCCUGUUGGGAGUUGUACUGCCUCGAACAUGGGAUUAAACUCUUUUCACAGGUGGAUGGUACCCUUUAUGAAUGGGACCGUUCCGACGACUCGUACAGCCCGUUUUUCGGCAUUACCGCUGGCGGAAGGGCAGUGCCCAGGGUAGUGAUGAUCGAUCUGGAACCCACUGUGAUCGAUGAGAUUCGUACCGGGUACUAUAGGCACCUGUUCCAUCCGGAUGGGCUGCUCACUGGGAAAGAAGAUGCCGCUAACAACUACGCUAGAGGGAAGUAUGGGAUCGGUAGGGAAAUGUUGGAGUUGGCGCUGGAUAGGGUGAGGAAAGUUGCUGAGGAGUGCAACAAUAUGGAGGGUUUCAUCUUAUUUCGCGCUUUUGGUGGAGGCACAGGCGGUGGUUUCGCUGCUCUUUUCCUGGAACACCUGGCAGGAGAUUACCGGAAGCGCAGCGUGAUGGAGUUUGCCGUUUUCCCAGCGCCCAGAGUUUCAACGAUUAUCGUUGAACCUUACAACGCCGUACUUACCACCAAUUCAAGCAUCGAAAACGAAGACGUUUGCUUUGUUAUGGAUAACGAAGCCGUUUACGAUAUAUUGCUCAGGAAUUUGGACACGCCCAGGCCAACUUAUACUAAUUUGAACAGACUUCUGGGCCAGGUGGUGUCAGCUGUAACAGCAUCCUUAAGAUUCGAAGGACAAGUGAACGUCGACUUGACAGAGUUCCAAACGAAUUUGGUGCCAUACCCAAGAAUUCACUUUCCACUUAUCACGUACGCACCGUUUAUCCCCGCAAGUAAAGCAUUCCACGAAUCGUUAUCAGUUGCACAGCUGACCAAUGCGUGUUUCGAACCAGCUAAUCAGAUGGUCAAGUGCGAUCCAAGAAAAGGUAAAUAUAUGUCCUGCUGUCUCUUGUACCGUGGUGAUGUCGCUCCCACUGAUGUGAACAAUGCUAUCACAAGUAUCAAGAGCAAAAGAAGUAUUGGAUUUGUUGAUUGGUGUCCAACAGGUUUUAAGGUGGGUAUAAACUACCAACCACCAACUACAGUACCGGGAGGCGACUUGGCGCGCACCACACGAGCUGUAACCAUGCUGUCCAACAGUACCGCCAUACGCGAAGCUUGGGAACGGAUCUUGAAGAAGUACAACCUGUUGUACUCUAAACGAUCCUUCGUCCAUCAUUACGUUGGAGAGGGAAUGGAGGAAGGAGAGUUUCAAGACGCCAAGGAGGACCUGGCAGCGCUCGUUAUGGAUUACAAAGAAGUAGACAGUUGAUGAGAUGCGGUGAAUAGGAAAGCAAAAAGGCAAUUCUUAAGCAUAGUUGUUUGAGUAUAUUUUAUGUGCUAGUGUGGUUAGACUGCUGUUGGCCAGGAGCAGAAUAGUUUAGGUCGAAUUGUGCGAUAUAUUUAGGCAGAUUUGUAAAAAUUUUUGAAAGCACACGUAACUGCGGACCGUACGACAAGAUCAAGAACGAAACGACAAUAGAGAAACUACAGUUAUGUUAGUCAGAGUUGGUCUCAUGAAAUUUGUCAUCAAAAAAAUUCUAUCUUUAAGUAAUUAUUGUUAACAACAGAAACACUGUCAAGAAAACGUCAACACCCACAAAAAAAAAUAAAUCUCUAUAUCAACC